AAUACUAUGCAUCUGUGAUUUAUGCAGGGCAGCCUGCCCAGGGGAGAAAAAAAAACACAAUUCUAAGUCUGGGAACUUGUAACGGCGUUCAAUGUUUCUUAUUAGACCAAGAAUUGUUAGUUCACAGGAACGCAGCUCCAAAUUUGUUCUGUUCACCCAGAAGGCAGGCUGAAGAUCCAUCUUGCUGUCUUCCUUGGGAGUGCAGGGGAGCGAUUUGCAGUUAUUUUAUGACAAGUGGGAUUCAGUGGCAGUGAGGAGGAGGUGAUUUCGAAACAAGACCGAAUCAUUCAAGGAGAACGGUCGUGGAAAGCUGUCAAUGCAAAUCGGCUGGGAGGUUUUAUUAUUUUUAUUUACCUGGCCUUUUGGUGUAUUUGAAGGAAAUUUUGGCCCAUCACCCUCGGAGACAGAUUCUGGGCUGGAUUUGUUGUUUGUCUCCAGUAAUUGUUUCUCACUUGUACUUAAUUAACGUACUCGCCCUGUUAUUUUUUUAAAAAACUCCGCUCGUAAAAAGAUUGCUAAUUAUCGUCAGCAAGGAUUCCUUUUUAUCUAUCUAUUUGACAAAAUCAGUCUGGAUUUCAUCCUAAGACUCCUGUCAGCAAAUAUGAGGUUGAAGAGGAAUGGAUCGUAUACACUGCACAGAGCAGUCGAGGAGGAAGUUAGUGCAGAUCUUGGGAACAGCAUGUGAAGAUCAAGAGGAAGCAAAGAGACCAGCUACAGCUCGAUGGACAUCCUGUUCUGCUUCGACUGCGUCUUGUUUAGGAAGUCAAAGACUAAGCCAAACGGUAAAAAAACAGGAGCAGAGGAGAAGAAAUUGUAUUUGGAGCCUGAAUAUACCAAAGCAAGAAUAAUAGAUUUCAACUUUAAGGAAUUGGUGACCUUACCACGUGAAAUUGACCUGAAUGAAUGGCUAGCUAGCAAUACAACAACAUUCUUCAACCAUAUAAACUUACAGUACAGUACCAUCUCUGAGUUCUGCACUGGUGACACUUGUCAAACGAUGACUGUGUGCAAUACGCAAUAUUACUGGUAUGAUGAAAGGGGAAAGAAAAUCAAAUGCACAGCCCCGCAAUAUGUGGACUUUGUUAUGACUUCCGUACAAAAGUUUGUGACAGAUGAAGAUAUUUUUCCAACAAAAUAUGGCAAAGAAUUUCCAAAUACUUUUGAGUCUUUAGUUAAAAAGAUCUGCAGGUAUCUGUUCCAUGUACUGACUCACAUCUACUGGGCUCAUUUCAAGGAGACUGUUGCAUUGGAACUGCACGGACACUUAAAUGCACUGUAUAUGCAUUUCAUGUUAUUUAUAAGAGAAUUCAAUUUGGUAGAUCCCAAGGAAACACUUGUCAUGGAUGACCUGACUGAAAUCCUCUACAGCAACGCAGCCGCAGCACAGAACCAUGUCAAAGAAAGAUGAGCCAUAUGCAGAGGAAAGACAUUUCAUCAUGAAGAUUGUGGGACUUAUCUGAAAUGUGCAGGAUCAAGUGUGGAUUUCAUUUCACACUCUAAAUGCAGUGUUUACUUUUAGGAAAGAACCACGCUUGACAUGGGAAGAUGUUUUCUAGAAUGGUGGUACUGCCAUUUUUAAUAUAUAAUAUGUUAUUAAAAGAUGACUAACUUUGAAGUGGCAUGCUGGCAAACAUGCUCUGUUUACUGCUUCUCCCCUACUGAGUAGGAAUGAAAUGGGUAAGCCUUGGUUUUGACCCAGGAAAAUAGAGGUUGGAAUUUGCGUGGUUAUAAUCUUGGAAUGCUGGAGCUAUCAUGUUGCUCUGACACCUAAUCAAGUACCUCAAUAUUAUCAGCUUGGACCAGUUGCGCACGACAGAAAUAAUGUUUCUUAGCACAUUCUAUGUGCAAGCUCCAUAGCUAUACUUUAAAAAAGAACUUAAUCUGCAGCUUAAAACAAUAUUUUGGCUUGCAUUCAAACCUGUGGGAUGAAAAUUAUUUUUCCCUCAUUAAGCAAUUCUAUAUUCAGUUAACCUUGCAGAUUAGCCUCAUUCUAGAUAAAUAGUCAAAGGCAGUGCUGCUGGGGAGCAAAUAGCAUGCAAAGGUGGACUCUGCAGUCUGGCCUGGUUCAAUACCACAGGAGGGUCUCCACUCUGGCACAUUAAUGGUGAGCUCUUGUUGCUUUUUACCCUCGCUCAACUAUCUGGAAGAUUUUCCUGAUCGGGCAGAAAGGAGAAAGUCAGUCUGAUGUUCCUGCGAAGAUAGCCACUUCAGAGUGUACACACAUUUUGUAAAUACUGUUUAAAGUUAAGGUUGGUGUGCUGUAUGUGAAUGCAAAUAGCAACCUAAGUUUUUCUAUCAGUUCAUUAUUGAUUUAUGGUUAUUUUCGUUUUCUGUUAUAAUGCAUCUUCUAAGUUCAGCCAAGUAGCUCACCCUCAUGUUUGUUAGGAAUAAAAAAAAGAGGGACAGUGGGGAUCAAUACACAGAUUGCCCAAUCUCAGUUGCCUCAUUUUUGAUUUUAAACUGAGGGAACAGCACGCAAUAUUUCAUUUUAAUUAUCAUUUUAUUUAGAAGUGUAGGGUUUUUUUUUGCUGUUUGUUUCUCUUUUAUGUUGGAACAUGUUGCACUUGAACCUUGUUCAUUGUAGUCAACCUUGGUUUCCAGGUGUUUUCAAGCAAAUUUAUUUUGUUUUUGGCUUCAUUAAUAUAAAAUUACAAAUAAAAGUGAUUAUAAAA